AUGGAUAAUGGCUCAAUCAUUGCAAUAGAAUUAACUGAUUCGGAGCCUAUUAUUCUUGAUGAACAGCUGAUUGAUGAAUUCAUUGAAAAAGAAAUUCAAGAAGGUUUUCCUGGUGCUGCUCUUAUUAUAACUCGGUAUGAUAAAAUACUAAAACAAACUGUCUAUGGUUACAAAUUAAAAUAUAAUGAAAAUGGAACAGUUAUAAAAGAACCACAACUAUUAACAUUAGACACUAUGUUUGAUUUGGCAUCAUUAACUAAAAUGUAUGCCACAAAUUAUGUGCUUAUGCAAUUAGUUGAACAAGGAGUAUUGAACGUUGACGAUCCGGUUAAAAAAUACAUACCACAAUAUUGUGGAUGUAAUCCUGAAAACGAAUGUCGUGAGACAAGAUUAAUAAGAGACUUAUUGACACAUACAGCUGGAUAUGCUCCAAGUGUUGAAUUUUACGAUCCAGAAAGAGUUUCACCUGAUUUAUUCUCACAGGAUAAGCAUACAACUGAAGAAAUUAUCGAAACAAGGUUGGGAUUUCAACGACCGAGAGGCGAUGAUCAAAUGCCAGUUUACUCGGAUAUUGACUAUAUGCUAUUAGGUCUGAUUGUGGAGCGUGUAAGUGGCAUGUCAAUCGACCAGUAUGUAAAGAUUAACAUUUAUCAGCCACUGAGUCUAACGCAUACAUUGUUUAAUCCUCUCGAUAAUACAAACUAUCAAAAAUCAGAUUUUGCUGCAACUGAAUUAAAAGGAAAUACACGUAAUGGCACAAUCAACUUUCCUAAUGUGCGUACAUAUGUAUUGCAAGGUGAAGUUCAUGAUGAAAAGUCGUUUUAUUCAAUGAAUGGUCUAUCAGGACAUGCUGGUUUAUUUUCAAAUUUAAAUGACAUGGCGGUUCUAACUCAAAUUAUGUUAAAUAAUGGAUCUUAUGGAAAUAUCAAAUUUUGGAGUCAAAAUGUUCAAACUCUUUUUUUAACACCAUACGCACUUGAUCCAACAUUCGGAUUAGGAUGGCGUCUAAAUCGUAACAAAUCGUUAUUGUGGUUCGGCCUUCAUGCAUCCGAUGAGGCAUAUGGUCAUACAGGAUGGACAGGCACAUGUACUGUUAUUGAUCCAAAGUACUCAGUGGCCAUUACUUUAUUAACGAAUAAACGACAUACACCAUGUAUCAAUGGAACUUUCGACGGUGAAAAAUACGAGACAGGAAAGUAUGGUAAAAUAAUGACAUUGGUCUAUGAGUCAAUGUUAUUGCACGAACACACAUCUGUAAAACUUUGA